UCCAUCAUGGCGGAGCCGUCUGGCGGCGUCUGGGGCGCUUGGCAGCGCUGAGGUUGGGCAGUGGUUACGCUCGCGUCGCGCCCCGCUCGCAGGUGGUUGAUGUGUGACGCUGUCAAUGAACGGUCAUUUUAGCCAUGAUGGCCGACCAGCCGCCUCCAUUAGAAGCCACACCUAUAAUGAAUGAAGUGCCACUUCUACCUCAUAUGGUUAAUGGGGACAGCAUACAACAGGUUAUACUUGUACAGGUAAACCCAGGAGAAACUUUCACAAUUAGAACUGAAGAUGGACAUAUCCAGUGUAUCCAAGGUCCAGCACAUGUUCCCAUGGUGUCACCAAAUGGUUCUGUGCCUCCAAUAUUUGUACCUCCUGGCUAUGUAUCUCAGAUGGUAGAAGAAAAUGGAGUUCGUAAGGUGGUGGUAUUACCACAUUCGUCUGAAUUCCAUCCUUCCAUGCAUCCCCCUCCACCACAUGUGCCACAUUACAUGCAUCCUCACCCUGCUUUGCUUCCUCACCCACCUCAUCCAGUGUACUCUCCAGUUCCAGGGACAGGAGAAAUGCCACCGCAGUUCAUUCACCAGCCUCCUCCACCAACACAUGUUUAUCAAGAACAAGAAUCUCGUUCCCAUGGAAGGACAAAUUUUAUUCAGCGAGAUGAAAGGACUGUCAAAAUGCAAGAACAUCUGAAGAAAAGACUUAAGGAGAAACAAGCUAGUGGGCAUACUAAUAAUAAACUUAACAGCCCUCCUUCUUCACCGCAUAGAGUUCACAAUUCUUCCAAUACAAAUGUUCAGAAUGGAUAUGGAAAUGGAAAGGGACAGCAAGCAGCAUGCGGGCUAAUAAAGCAAAAACAAAUAGGAAAAACAAGAGCAAGCCCAUCAGCAGAUUCAGAAAUGGGAGAGUCUGACACAGAAUCCAAAAAGUUGUACAAUCUCCACGUAAGCAUUGGUAAACCUGUAGUUUCUGAUAUACAAGCAAGAUCAGCAGUUCUGUCCUGGAAUCUCCCAGUUAGUUCGCAGAUUGGAGAAAGUCAGAGUCUCACUCCAGCAACAUUUAUAUUUGAAGUAGCAGUAUCCAACAGUGGUAAAAAUGGAAAAUUUAAAUCUGUCUAUAUAGGAGAAGAAACAACAAUUACCCUUCCUGAACUCAGACCAGCAACAGAUUACCAUGUCAGAGUUUCAGCAACAAGCAGUUCCAUAAAAGAAUCUGUUUCCGAAUUGGUGAGUUUUACUACAGAAAGUUGUGAACCAGACCCUCCAGCUGCACCUAAACUAAUCAACAGAACGAAAAACAGCUUGAGUUUACAGUGGAAGUCUUCAAAUGAUAAUGGUUCCAAAAUAACUAAUUUUCUCUUAGAAUGGGAUGAGGGAAGGAGUGGAGCCUUCAAGGAAUGCUACUAUGGGAAUCUAAAGCAAUACAAACUAACCAAACUUUCUCCUUCUACAAAGUACUCGCUCAGAUUAGCUGCUAAAAAUGACAUCGGAAUGAGUGGAUUUAGUGAGACAGUGGCAUAUUAUACAGCAGGAAUCGUCCCUUCACCACCACUGCCCCCUCAGUUUACUGAAGCAGGAGUAACAUGGUUAUCAUUAAAAUGGAGCCCACCUAAUGGCAUGUCUUCAGAUGACUCUCUGACUUACACUUUAGAUAUGGAAGAAGAAGAUUCUGGUUAUGGUUUUCAGCCACAAUACAACGGAGAAGAACUCUCAUGCACUUUAAAAAAUCUAAGGAGGAGUACUUCUUAUAAGUUUAGGCUCUCUGCCUGCAACAAUGAAGGAAAAAGUAUCCCUAGUGAGGUAGUAGAAUACAGCACAAUUCCUGAUAAACCUGGACCACCAAGUAAACCAAGUGUAAAGGGAAAGAUCCAUUCACACAAUGUGAAAGUUACAUGGGAUCCACCAAAGGAUAAUGGAGGAUCAGACAUUUCUAAGUAUUUUCUAGAAAUUUCAGAAACUUUAAUUGGAACUAACUGGGAAGUAGUAUAUAGUGGUUGCAUGAGAGAACAUGUGUGUGAUCAUCUCAAGCCUGGUACUUCAUACAGACUGAGAGUUUCGUGUGUCAGUAAGGGAGGUGAAAGCCCGGCUUCUGAUGUUCUGACGGUACAAACAUCAGCUGUUCCUCCUGGACCUUGCCGUGCUCCAUGCCUGGUUAGCAAAGCUAAGCCCAGAGAAAUAACUCUACAAUGGGAUCCCCCUUCCACAGAUGGGGGCUCAGAAGUAACAGAGUAUGUAGUUGAAAUGGCAAAAUCUGAACAAGAUGAACACAGGCAAGUGUAUCAGGGUCUGACGACAGAAUGCACAGUGAACAAUCUACUUCCUGGGAGAAUGUACUGCUUCUGGAUAAGAGCAGGAAAUAAAGCUGGGUUUGGCCCUCUCUCUGAAAAAGCAGAGAUUUCUACCGCUGCAGGACCUCCUGAUCAGUGUUGUACACCCUUGUUAACCUGUAAGGCUGCCACCUGUGUAGUGGUCACUUGGGAGAGUCCUGCAUGCAAUGGUGCUGAAAUUUGUGAAUAUAGGCUGGACUGGGGACAAAUGGAAGGAUCAAUGCGUAUCGUAUACACUGGCCCUUGUCUGAGCUAUGAAGUGAAAGGUCUUACACCUGCAACCACGUAUUAUUGCAGAGUGCAGGCUGUGAAUAUAGCUGGAGUUGGAUUGUUUGGAGAUAUUGGUGUGGUAACAACACCAGCAUCGGUGCCUGCAGCAGUGUCAGUACUACAUCUGCUUGAAGAAGAUCAGAUGGAAAUUCCUUGUCCCUUGUCAAUAUGCCUUGCCAUUCAGUGGGAGGAACCAUGUUGCCAUGGGUCAGAGGUCAUUGGAUAUAAUAUAGAAUAUGGGGAAAAGCAACUUGUAACUGUUGGUAGAGUUACGAGCCAUAUUCUGGAGAAUCUGCACCCUGACACUUUGUACAGAAUUAGAAUACAGGCCAUAAACAACUUUGGAGUUGGUCCUUUCAGUCAUUCCAUUAAAGCCAAAACAAAACCACUACCUCCUGACCCGCCUCAUCUUGAAUGUGUGGUCUUCAGCUACCAGAGCCUUAAACUGAAAUGGGGUGAAGGUCCUAGUAGAGCUUUAAUUACCAAUCCUACACAGUUCAACUUGCAGAUGGAGGAUAAGUUUGGCAGAUUUGUUACUGUUUAUAGUGGACCUUGUCAUACAUACAAGGUGCAGCGACUCAGUGAAUCCACUACAUACUAUUUUAAAAUCCAGGCAUACAAUGAUGCUGGAGAAGGGGAGUUUUCUGAAGUUUAUGCUUUCACUACAACCAAAUCUCCACCAGCAUCUCUUAAAGCACCCAAAGUAAAUCAGGUGGGAGAAAACAUCUGUGAAAUCACCUGGGAGCCUUUACAAUCAAUGAAAAGAGAUUCCAUUGUUUACAUUCUUCAGCUUGCCAGUGGGAGAGAGGUUGAUCAGGUAUACAAGGGAUCAGAGACUUCAUUCCGUUUCACAAACUUUCAGACAAACUGUGAAUAUCGGUUCAGAGUCUGUGCUGGACGCCAGUAUCCAGAUUCUACUGGAUUGCAAGAACUGUAUGGACCUUACAGUCCCAGUACAGUAUUCUCAUCUCAAAAACAAGAGUUGGUUCCACAGUGUACUGAUUCUACAGCUAAAUUUGCAAAGAUUAAGAAGACGUUAAGUGACGAGCAGUUUGCUUUUGUUCUUCUUGUGGGGUUUGCAAUGGUUGCUAUUUUGUUUGCUUUUGUUAUUCAGUACUUUGUAAUCAAGUAGAUUGGUUUUGUUUAAAGCCUAGUCGUUAUUCAGCUUUUUAUGACCGUUAUUCUGGGUAUUUAUGUUGGUUAAUUCUAAAUAAUAUCCUAGCUGGAAAUGAUUGUAUAAGUGACACACACAUUUCCAUCUUUGCUGCUGACUGACAUUGAGACUGCGUUGGCAGAACCUUUCUAAGUAAAGAACACACAACUGCAAUAGAAAGGGUAAUCCUGGGUCCUCUGUAAUCAGGGUUAGGUGUUAAUAAAACAGCAAAAAACUGCCUUCCACCCCCCUACCCCUCCU